CCUUAUCACGGCCCCGUCCCAUAGGCAACCCCACACUGUGAAAUGAUAAGAUAGACUCCCUCGAAAGUCCACGGGAACGACACUUUCAACCGAAUCUCACCCAGUAAAAGCACGCACUUUUCUCGUCAACCCGUUCCAAGAACACAAGAAAAGUGAAAGUUUACUCCUACUGAUAUUCACUCUUCGUAUUUUGCACAAAAAGUUAACUACUGUAACAAAAACGGUUCGAGUGUUCUGUUAUAUACGGAUUAGUGCAGUGUUUUUUUGGGGAACAAAAUGCAAGAUCCAAAUUCUAAGCAUUUUUCAGGACCAAUGAGGCCAGCCCACCACCGGAGGGCACAUUCAGAGAUGAACUUCCGGCUCCCGGAGGACCUGGAUCUAGGGUCGGACACGUUCGACCCGCGGGCUGGAAGCUUUGAGGAGAUGGGAUCGGAGGACGAUUUGUUUUCUACCUACAUGGACAUUGAGAAACUAAGUGCUGGUGGCGGAUCUGGAAUGGGAGAAAAUGUUUUCGACAAUGCUGGUGGUUUUAGUGGUGGUAUAGCGACGGAAGGCGGCGGCGAUGGGGAGAAGAGUAGUGGAAAUGGUGGUAUAGCUAGGCAUAGGCACAGGCAUAGUAAUUCGAUGGAUUCGAGUCUUUUUUCUGGUGAGAGCAGUAUUGAAGCUAAGAAAGCAAUGGCUCCUGAUAAGCUUGCUGAGUUAUGGAAUCUUGAUCCUAAACGUGCCAAAAGGAUCUUGGCCAAUCGACAAUCUGCUGCUCGAUCAAAAGAGAGAAAAGCCCAUUAUAUGUCUGAACUUGAGAGAAAAGUCCAAACUCUGCAAACUGAAGCAACCACUCUUUCUGCUCAAUUGACACUGUUUCAGAGAGAUACAACAGGGCUGAGUAAUGAGAACACUGGGCUUCAUCUUCGGUUGCAGGCCAUGGAGCAACAAGCUCAAAUGCGUGAUGCGCUGAACGAAGCGUUGAAGCAAGAAGUAGAAAGACUCAGAAUUGCCACAGGAGAAAUAGCAGCCCUUUCAGAUGCAUACGACUUGGCAGCAAUGCAGCAUAUUCAAUAUAACCAGUCCGCUUUCUUUUCUCAUCGGCCUCAAUCUAGGCCAAAUGAUUCUCAGAAUGUUCAGAUGCCACAAUUUCAUCCUCUUCAUGCUGGCAUGUCAACUAAUCCGCACCCUAUGCAUUCUGCCGCUCAUACACAGGCUACUUCUAAUGCAUUCCAGCAGGAUCCUCUUGGCCGUUUUCAGGGCCUUGACAUCAGUAGCCGUGGAUCUCAUCUUGUGAAAUCAGAAGACCCUUCUGCUUCAGCAAGUGAAAGCACAAGUACAUUCUGAUUCAUGUUUUUCUGAUUUGUGCAUUUUGCCCUAGCCGGACCAACCCCAUUUGUUUGUUCAUAGACUGACCAUGUUUAACAUCCAGAAUUGCCAAGAUUCCUCAUUUUUUAUAAUAUAACUGGGGUCUUAGGUUUCAUUAGCUUUGUUAGGUUCGGUAUUCAUUGUCAUAGGCGUUGGCAGUUGAUUAAUUCUUGUUUUUUCCUUGAGAAAUUGUUGCUUCAACUCGAGAUCACAUAUUGUGAUGGAAUUCAUCUCCUGGCUUGGGAUGGGAGGUUAUCAUUGUGGUGUUGACAGUUUCACUUAUCAUGUGAACCUUCUCGAAUACAGUAUAUUUUGUCAUUUAUUGAUCGAGGGGGAACUCGAUCAGCUAA